CCUGGUUUAGCUUCUGACGUGUCUAAAACAGUUUUGCUGUGGUGGUGGGUCGCACUCGUGGGGGAUUUAUUACCUAUAGGACUAGUACCUGAUUCGUGGAGGCAAGAUGAUAGAUUUCUUCACCAUCUUCAGCAAAGGGGGGAUAGUGUUGUGGUGUUUUCAGGGAGCCGGGGUCACUGAAUCCUUCACCGGGCCUGUCAACGCUCUGAUCCGCUCCGUAAUCCUUCAGGAGCGAAGUGGAAACAAUUCGUAUACUCACGAGGCCUUGAGUCUGAAAUACAAGCUCGACAAUGAGUUUGAGUUGAUUUUUGUGGUGGGUUUUCAAAAGAUCCUGACGCUGACAUAUGUGGACAAGCUCAUAGAUGACGUUCAGCUCCAUUUUAGGGAUCGUUAUAAAAAUGAGCUGGAGCAAUCAGGGGCUUUGAAGCUAAUUGAAAACAACUUUGAAUUUGUGGAUGACUUCAACAUGCUUCUCAGAGAGGCGGAGGAGAGCAGCAAAGCUCGGAGCCCAGCUCCCAUGCGCUCAUUUCAGGAGUCCAAGAAAUCCCAAAAAACUGUGAAGUCAAUGAUUGAGACCAAGGGUGGGGAAAAAGUCAAGGAACAGGGUGGCAAGAAGAACAAAAAUACCAAAAAGGAGGCUCCUGCAGCUGAGCCUGUCAAAGUGGAGCAAGGCAAGGCCACAGCCUCUGUUCAGAAGGUUGUUGAGAACGGUAACCAGGCCUUGACUCCUGAGGAGAUCAUUCAGAAGAGGAGAGAAGAAUUCUUUCGCAAGCGCACUGUGGUACCUACUGAAAAAGCCACGAAGUCCCCAAAACCUCAGAAGCCUAAAGAGAAACUGAGGCGUGUUUGGGAAAUGGGUGGUAGCAGCACUAAGGACCUGGACUACAGUGAAAGGAAUGGAGACGGUUCCCAAAAUGGUGGCGAACAGAACCCAGAAGCGCAAGUUGACCUGGGUGUGCAGCUAAGCUCCAUGAAGGGAGACCUGCAGUCUGUGGACUAUGAGUCCAGUGAGGAAGAGGAGGUGGAGGAAGAAGAGGAGAGAGUGGUUGUCAAUGAAACCAGUAAGACGAGUUCCAAAAGGGGCGGCGGUUUUGGGGGCAUGUUUGGGAUGCUGAAGGGCCUGGUGGGCUCCAAGAGCCUGACUCGGGAGGACAUGGAGUCAGUACUGGAGAAGAUGAAGGACCACCUCAUUGCAAAGAAUGUAGCAGCCGACAUCGCCUCCCAGCUCUGUGACUCUGUAGCCAAAAAACUGGAGGGCAAAGUCAUGGGCACAUUCACCACUGUGGCCUCAACAGUAAAGCAGGCCCUGCAGGAGUCACUGGUGCAGAUCCUGCAGCCGAAGCGCAGAGUGGACAUUCUGAGAGAUGUCAUGGAGGCGCAGAGCCAGCGAAGGCCUUUUGUCAUUACAUUUUGUGGUGUCAAUGGGGUUGGAAAGUCCACCAACCUGGCCAAGAUCUCUUUCUGGCUGAUAGAAAACGGUUUCACUGUGCUGAUCGCAGCCUGUGACACGUUUCGUGCUGGGGCCGUGGAGCAGCUCCGCACUCAUCAGCGCCGCCUAAACUCUCUGCAUCCUCCAGAGCAGCAUGGAGGACGCCCGGUAGUACAGCUCUAUGAGAAGGGCUACGGGAAGGAUGCUGCUGGAAUUGCCAUGGAGGCCAUUGCCUAUGCCCGCAACCAGGCCUUUGACGUGGUGCUGGUGGACACUGCUGGGCGUAUGCAGGACAACGCCCCCCUAAUGACAGCCCUGGCCAAACUUAUUGCGGUCAACAUGCCUGACCUUGUACUGUUUGUUGGAGAGGCUCUGGUUGGCAAUGAGGCAGUCGACCAGCUGGUAAAGUUCAAUCAGGCUCUGGCAGACCACUCCAUGUCUGACAAGCCUCGCCUCAUUGAUGGCAUCGUUCUCACUAAGUUUGACACCAUUGACGACAAGGUUGGUGCUGCCAUCUCUAUGACCUACAUCACAGGCCAGCCCAUUGUGUUUGUGGGCACAGGGCAGACCUACAACGACCUGCGCAGCCUCAACGCCCGCGCCGUGGUCAGUGCCCUGAUGAAGGCUUAAGUGGCUGCAUGUUCUGCUGUUUAUUCAUCAUCGCAACGAAGCCAACAAAACCUAUUUGCCACGCUGCCAUGAGAUGUUCCAGCCCCUGCUAACGUUCGUUUUUCUCAUCCUCCUGUCCUGCCUGCUCUAUUUUGCAUAAAAUGAAGAACUCUUGUUAUGCACAGGACUUUAUUCUCCCAGUAAAGGACAAGUGUGCACUUUGAAAGACAACAUUUUUGCAACACAUCCGGGGGGUGGGGGGGAUAUGUUGAAUCAUAUCUAAACUUUCGGGCCUACAUUGAAAAGUACCUCAGAUCCAGCCAGAGUUUUGAAAUAAUGAAGUCUCAUCCAAAUGACAUUUUAGCUGACUAGAUGGACCUAGGCUGUAAAUGUCAUCAGUUUACUGGUUUAUACAGUAAAGACUUUAAAAAACCUCCCUACCUGGCAUUUUGUCAGUCAGUUUUCCCCGCUUCGUGUAAAUGAGGUCAGGUCACGAAGGCUUGCUGGAUGUGACAUUUCAGCAGCUACCUGUGCCAGAGGAAAGCUUAGUGACCAUAGUGCCUAUCUGUAUCCUGUCUUCUUAGUUAACACUUUCACUACAUGAGUGAUUAUCCAUAAAGAGUGCCAUGGCAGUUCAGGUCAGAAAGAAUUGGUUUACAACAUACAGUCAUAAAAUGGGCAUCAAAUCAGCACUUAUGAAUAUUAGUAGAUGUACUCCCAAAAUCAGAAAUGGGAAUCUGGAUUGAUCAUGAUAGUUAUCUCCCAGAGCUCCUUGCCUACUCAACACACACAGUUAAACACAUGUUCAUUACAACAUGAAGACUUUGAUUCCUCAGUUUAUAGUUGAUGAAAAGUGGAAAGAUAUUUUGUAUAUUGUUUUAGUUCUUAAAGGUUCUCUUAUAUUUUCAAACCACACCCUCUGUGUGGCCUUGUUGUUUGUUUUCCCUCUCUUCCUUUGUAAGAGGAAAUUUAAGUCUUAAAUAUCUCAACCCCCCUUUAAUUUGUGGUAGUGCAAUAUGAGAGAAUCAAAAGUUAUACAGAUGAUUUGAGCUAAUUUAUGAGAAUGUAAACAUUUCUAAAUAAAGCUGCUAUAUGCUAUGACAGCCUGUAAA